GCCCAUACCAUUACCAUAUACCCCCAAACAUGAAAAGGAAAACCCUCAUUCAAUCUGAAUCUCGGCCACCACACACGGUGGCUAAGAAACCUUCGACACCCAAAAAAAAACCAAACCACCCUCGCUCACGGCCAUAACACGCGGCGGCUGGGGCUCGCCAAAAUUGUCAUGGUCAGUUGGCCCCGGCCCAAAGAAAACCCCCUACUGACUGCGGAUGAAAAUGAGAGGAAGAUCAAGAGAAAUCAGACGCGCUGAUUAGGUUUAUUGCUCAGGCAUAUCUAUUGCAGAUUCAUAUCACUAUGAAUAACUAUGACUACUGUUACUACUGGCCAGCUCUUAGAGCUUGCUGAAAAGAAUGUGGAACUGGCAGUUGUGGAGGAUAUGGCCGGACAAUUUGAAGAGGCCUAUGAGCUUUAUAUGAAGGCAUUUGAGUAUGCGGGCAUUUAUCUCUUCAAUGAGAACAAUCCAUUUCUUAAGAGGCAGAAUAGGCAGUUAUUUAUGGACCAUUAUACAAGGGCAACAAAAAUAAGAGGCCGUCAUCACUUACAUGGACCCCCUUUAUCUAAUGAAGCAAAAAGUGGGCUUGGUCUUACAAAGUUGAGUGAUGUGGCCGGACUUGAGGCUUGCAAAGAGGCAUUGGUUGAAGCUGCCAAAUUGCCUAUCGAGAAUCCUCAAUUUUUUACCGGAAAACGACAACCGUGGAAGGCUAUAUUACUAUAUGGUCCACCUGGAACAGGGAAGACCUAUCUAGCAAAUGCAAUUGCAACAGAAACAGGAUCAACUUUCUUUAGUGUUUCCGCAUCAGACAUUGUUUCCAAAUGGAUGGGAGAAAGUGAAAAGCAAGUCUCAAUUCUUUUCCAACAGGCCCGUGAUGCUGCUCCAUCCAUUAUUUUUAUUGAUGAAAUUGAUUCCUUAUGUGGUUCACGAGGUGAGAACAAUGAGAAUGAAGCAUCUCGACGAAUCAAAACGGAACUUCUUGUACGAAUGCAGGGUGUAUGCAACGAUGAGACAAAUGUUCUGGUUCUUGCAGCCACAAAUACUCCUUAUGCUUUGGAUCAGGCCAUGAGGAGGCGUUUUGACAAGCGAAUCUAUGUCCCUCUCCCAGAUUUGAAGGCAAGGGAACACAUAUUUAAGGUUCAUAUUGGGGACACUCCUCAUAACCUUACUGAAACUGAUUUUGAGCAUUUAGCUCGCAGAACACAAGGUUUCUCUGGUUCAGAUAUAUUCUAUUGUGUUAAAGAUGCACUAUAUCAGCCUGUUCGUGCAACUCUUAAUGCUCAAUUCUUCAGAAAAACCUCUAAAGGCAUGUGGGUCCCUUGCAAACGGACUCGACAAGGAGCUACUGAGAUUACCUUGCAGGAACUUAAUGCACAAGGCCUAGCUUUAAAGAUCCAGCUACCACCCAACACAAGAGCAGAUUUUGAUAAAAUGCUUGCUAGACAAAAGCCGACUGUAAGUGAAGCUGACCUUGAAGUGCAUAAGAGAUUCAACAAGGAGUUUGGCAAUGAAGGUUGAAAGAUGUAGAGGCACAUAUUAUUAUUAGUUUCUUCAUAUUGUGUUUCUAUAUAUAUAUAUAUAUAUAUAUAUAUAUUUUUUUUUUUUUUUUUUUGGGGUGUAAUAGUAUUUUUUAUCCAUAUGCUUGUUAUGAACAAAGUUUUGGAGAGAAACCCUACAAACUCCUCAUCUAUUUUUAUAUUGAAUAUGAAUUUUGAAAAUCUAACUAUUUGAUUGCA